UCCCCUCCCACUCCCCUCUUGCCUUUGCUUUCCCAUAAUUAAACAUCAAAUACCCACCACCAUCUCUCACUCUCACUCUCCUUUUCCUUUUCUUUAUCUUUCAACUCUCUCCAGUUGUGCUGCAAAAAACUAAAGAAACACCCACAAGCGUGUUGAAGUGUUUUUUUGUCUUGUGAUGAUCAGCCAUGCAAAGAGAAUUAUAUUCCAUGGAACCAGAUAUGGAUGUCUCCAAUUUCAGAGCAGUGCGUGUUUUGUCAUUUCCAAGCUGACCAACUAGCCACUUACGCACUUGAUCGAUGUUGUUCAUGGUGAAGAUCUUCUGGAUACUGAAGAAUGUCGGUUCCAUUAACUCAAUUGCUUAUAUGUAGUGUAGAAUAGCUUUUACACCCAAACUCAACGAUGGUACCAGUUAUUAACCUUCAAGUUGAAGCCUCCGAAAAUGAAUCUGAUGUGACCAGCCAAGUAGCUUCAAACUUGUCUAUUCAAGAAACAUCUGCUGCUCCCUCUAAUGACAGCCUUGCUAACUCUUCCCACCUAACAAAUCCCUUAGACACUCAAUCAAAUUCGGAGCCAGUUUCACUUGAUUUGACUCUCUGCAUUACCAUUGAUGAGUCAGGAGGAAGAGAUUCCGCAGGACUCUCAUUGUCAAGCACAAGUGAGAGUAGCAAUGACCCUGCAUUGCGCACUACAGCGUCAGCUAUCCCACGAGUUUUUUCGUGCAAUUACUGCCAGCGCAAAUUCUUUAGUUCACAGGCCCUUGGUGGCCACCAGAAUGCACAUAAGAGAGAACGGACAUUAGCAAAGCGGGCAAUGCGAAUGGGCAUUUUCUCAGAGAGGUAUGCUAGUCUGGCUACUCUGCCUCUACAUGGAACCUCUUUCAGGUCCUUGGGGAUCAAAGCUCACUGUUCAACACACCAAAGCUUUGCACCACCAGCAAGACUACCGGAUUCCAGAAACAAUGCAAGAUUCGAACAUGGCUAUCUGGGUUUGCCAAUAUUCACGGAAGAUGAUGAGGCAGAGUUGUUGUGGCCUGGUAGUUUCCGUCAGAUAUCUGAGGCAGUUAAUACUCAUCCAGGAUUUGUGCUGCCUGGAAGUUCGAAUAUGAAUUUUGUGGAGGUUACUCAACCGAUAGACUUGGAAAGUUCAACACCAGACCUCACCCUUAAACUUUGAGGCUUUGCCUCUUGGAAAAACAAGUUUCUGUAUCUUAACUCUGCCUCUUUGUACAGCGAGACGUGCACAAACUAUGCCUGGCCAGCUAGUCUUUGUCUUUUUUCUUUUUUGUUUACCCCUCGUUUUCUUUCUAUAGUUUCUUGCUUUUCCCUUAAUGAUCUUCACUUGGUGUUACCUUAUGUUUGCCAGUGUGUAAGAGCUUCUCAAGGAUUUGUUUUGGAGCUCCUGUGCUUGUCAUCGUUUUCUGAAGAUUCUACUGCUAAUUGAACAUUUUAUCAUAUUUUCAUUC